AUGGUGAAUACUCCUCCUCCGCCUGCCUAUGAACAUGAAGAAUACAACCACAUCGUCGACUAUUACGACCACACACGCGACGAGGAUGGCCCCUCUGCCUCUGCCUCGUCCUCUGCGCCCGUUCCCUCCUCGAAUGCAGCACCGCCAACACAGGCACCGACACUGCGAGAAGGGACAAUGAACGGACAAGCGCCGCGUCAGACGAGUCUGCACGAAGGCGAUAUGCUGCCAGCACCAGGCAGACCAUUUAUGCAACUGGCUAACCGAUCGACACCUUCCCUUCCCACCCACCCACGCGAUCCUGGGUUCGAGCACCCGCCUCUGCCCAACAAUAGGCACUUUCCCCCUCCAUCGUCAUAUGACCCCAAUGACCUUGCGUUCAACUCGAUGCACAUAAACGAUCCAAUCCAGCGAGCAGGCACAUCUAUGAGCUAUCGUGCUGGCGACCCCCGAGCCGACCCUAUCCCCCGAUCCGGCACCUCCAUGUCCCAUCGCAUGCCCCCGCCCCGUGGUGCCUCUGCCCACCCACCUGCCCACUACCACCCCCAUCCAUCAUCCCCAGUAUUCGACAGCGCAUCCAUCUACUCUGGCGGCUCCGGCGGCUACUCGGAAUACGAUCAAUUCGAUGACCGUGCGAGUAUACGCUCUGGCCAUCGUGGAGGCUAUGGCGACACCAUGCUUCCCUAUGGCCAUUACCCGAGGCAUCCUCCUCCCCCUGGACCAUACAAUCGUAUGCCUCCUCCCCCUCCACAGGACGAUGGUAUGUACGCAGCCGCCUCGUUUGCAGGUCUCGACUUGCCUCCAGGAUCCGCACCUCCCUCGCUCUUCAUCCCUCCCAACCCCGGUGCUCCGUACUAUCCCCCUCCUGGUCCAGGUGGCCCUGGCCCUUCCGAUGGCGGCGGCUACUUGUCGCCCAGUCAGUCAUCCAUCAUGCGAGGUUCUUCCGCAGCGUCUAUCCGUACCGACGAUACAGUUGCCCCCACUACCAAGAAGAUCAAAGCCAUCGAUGCCAACCAGCUCCCGUACACCAAAGAAUUCGUCGACCAGUAUCGUGCCAGCAUGAAAGAAGACCCCGAUCCCGAGUCUCAUUUCAAGUAUGCAAAAUAUUUGAUCGAGGCCGCCAAGCGCAUCGGAGAGGACGCCCAGACCAGCGAGCCCUUGAAAGUGAUCCGCAAACUCGCCACCACGGGUGACACAUUCCCCGACGCCCAGUUCUUCCUCGCCAACUGCUACGGAACAGGCAUGCUCGGUCUCCAAGUCGACCACGAAAAGGCCUACCACCUGUACAUGCAAGCCGCCAAACAAAACCACGCCGCAGCCUGCUACCGUGUCGCCGUCUGCAACGAAAUCGGCGCGGGCACGCGAAAAGACCCCAAGCACGCGUUUGCGUUUUACAAAAAGGCCGCGUCCCUGGGCGACACGGCCGCGAUGUACAAGCUCGGGAUGAUCUACCUCCAAGGCCAGCUCGGCCAGCAAAAGAGCCCGCGCGACGGUGUUCCCUGGCUGCGACGAGCCGCCGAACAGGCGGACGUGGAGAACCCGCACGCGUUGCAUGAGCUUGGGCUCCUGCACGAGCAGCCCGGAUCCCAGGUCGUGGUCCACGACGAGGCGUACGCCAAGGACCUGUUCACCCGUGCCGCCCAGCUCGGGUUUGUCCGGUCCCAGUUCAAGCUCGGGGCGCGUACGAGUACGGCCGCGCAAAAGGGCGAUGCGGAAGCCGAGCUGGCGCUGAGCGGGUGGUACUUGACCGGAAGCGAGGGUGUCUUGAAGCAGAGCGAUUCCGAGGCGUAUCUGUGGGCCCGGCGCGCCGCGAACAAGGGGCUGAGUAAAGCCGAGUAUGCGGUUGGGUACUAUGCAGAAGUAGGAAUCGGUUUAAAGGUCGAUGUUGAAUUUGCGAAACGCUGGUACAUGCGUGCGGCUGCUCAAGGAAACAAACGGGCCAUGGCUCGUCUAACAGACCUCAAACGAGCUGGAAACCGCCGUGUCGCGCCCGGAGCUCGGCCGACGCGUGCUCAAGCCAACAACGAGGAUUGCGUAAUUGCGUGA